AUGGAAACAGCCUCUGCAAAUGGUUCUGGUUCUGGGGAGGAUAAGGAUUGUUGUGUCAAAGUUGCAGUUCAUAUUAGGCCACUUAUUGGAGAUGAGAGGCUUCAGGGUUGUAAAGACUGUGUCACUGUGGUCCCUGGGAAGCCUCAGGUACAAAUUGGUACACAUUCCUUCACUUUUGAUCAAGUAUAUGGGAGCACUGGAUCUCCUUCACAUCUCAUGUUUGAAGAGUGUGUUGCUCCUCUUGUUGAUGGUCUGUUCCAAGGAUAUAAUGCUACUGUUCUAGCUUAUGGUCAGACUGGUUCGGGAAAAACAUAUACAAUGGGUACUAGCUUCAAAGAUGGAUCACACACAGGACUGAUUCCUCAAGUCAUGAAUGCUUUAUUUAGCAAGAUGGAAUCUUUGAAGCAUGAAAUCGAGUUCCAGUUGCAUGUUUCGUUCAUCGAGAUACAUAAAGAAGAAGUAAGAGACUUACUGGACCCUAGUUCCACUAACAAGUCAGAAGCAGCAAAUGGCCAUGUUGGAAAAGUAACAGUCCCUGGGAAGUCACCAAUACAAAUACGUGAAACAUCAAACGGUGUUAUAACACUUGCGGGGUCCAGUGAACGUAGUGUUCAAACGCUAAAUGAAAUGGCCGAUUGUCUGGAGCAAGGUUCACUUAGCAGGGCAACUGGGAGUACAAACAUGAACAAUCAAUCCAGCCGCUCACAUGCCAUCUUCACCAUUACUAUGGAACAGAUGCGUAAGCUUAAUACUAUGAGUCCUAGUAAUGGAAGUACAAAUGAAUAUGUAAAUGAAGAAUAUCUAUGUGCCAAAUUACAUUUGGUUGAUCUGGCUGGAUCAGAGCGUGCCAAAAGGACGGGCUCUGAUGGUCUUCGUUUUAAGGAAGGAGUUCAUAUCAACAAGGGCCUCCUUGCUCUGGGUAAUGUCAUAAGUGCUCUUGGUGAUGAGAAAAAGCGGAAAGAAGGUGUUCAUGUCCCCUACCGGGAUAGUAAACUUACUCGGUUAUUGCAGGAUUCCUUAGGUGGUAAUAGCAGAACCUUCAUGAUAGCCUGCAUUAGCCCUGCUGAUAUAAACGCUGAGGAAACUCUGAACACAUUGAAAUAUGCAAACCGUGCAAGGAAUAUCCAGAACAAGCCAGUGGUUAAUAGAGAUCCCGUAUCAAAUGAGAUGUUGAAGAUGAGACAGCAACUAGAGCUUUUGCAGGCGGAACUUUGUGCUCGUGGAGGCGGAUCUUCUCCUGAUGAGAUACAGGUUCUAAGAGAAAGGAUUGCUUGGCUUGAAGCCAAUAAUGAGGAGCUCUGUAGGGAACUCCAUGAAUAUCGCAGCAGAUGCUCCACGACUGAGCAUUGUGAUGCAAAUAAUAAAGUUGCUAACUCCUUCUCCAUAAAAAGUGAGGGGCUCAAAAGAGGUUUGCAGAGUAUGGAGUCAUCUGAUUAUCAAAUGAGUGAAAGUGGUGAUUCUGUAGACAUUGAUGAAGAAGCUGCCAAGGAGUGGGAGCAUACUCUUCUUCAAGAUUCUAUGGACAAAGAAUUGACUGAGCUAAAUAGACGUUUGGAGCAAAAAGAGUCUGAGAUGAAACUUUUUGGAGGCUUGGAUGCAGUGGCACUUAAACAACAUUUCGGGAAAAAAAUAACCGAACUCGAAGAAGAGAAAAGGACUGUUCAGAAAGAAAGAGAUAGACUAUUGGCAGAAGUUGAGAACCUUUCUGCCAACUCUGAUGGGCAAGCUCAAAAGUUGCAAGAUGUGCAUGCACAGAAGCUGAAAUCUCUUGAAUCACAGAUACAAGAUCUUAAGAAGAAGCAAGAGAACCAGGUUCAGCUUUUAAAGCAAAAGCAAAAGAGUGAUGAAGCUGCUAAACGGCUACAAGACGAAAUACAAGCCAUCAAAGCUCAGAAGGUCCAAUUACAACAUAAGAUAAAACAAGAGGCUGAACAAUUUCGACAGUGGAAGGCAUCUCGUGAGAAGGAACUGCUUCAGUUGAAGAAAGAAGGAAGAAGGAAUGAGUAUGAGAGGCAUAAACUGCAAGCUCUGAAUCAACGCCAAAAAUUGGUUCUUCAAAGGAAAACAGAGGAGGCUGCAAUGGCUACUAAGAGGCUCAAAGAAUUACUGGAAGGGCGUAGAUCUUCAGCGCGUGACAGCUCAGUGACAAGCAAUGGAACUGGCACCAAUGGCCAGGGAAAUGAGAAGUCCUUGCAGCGAUGGCUUGAUCAUGAGCUAGAAGUCUUGGUGAAUGUGCAUGAAGUACGUUAUGAAUAUGAGAAGCAGGGUCAAGUAAGAGCUGCAUUAGCAGAAGAGUUGGCUGUCUUGAGACAAGUUGACGAGUUCGCGGCAAAAGGGCUAAACCCUCCGAGAGCAAAAAAUGGUUUAUCUAGGGCUGCUUCAAUGUCUCCAACUGCAAGAAUGUCAAGAAUCACUUCUCUUGAGAACAUGCUUAGUAUUUCAUCAAACUCGCUUGUUGCAAUGGCUUCACAGCUUUCAGAAGCUGAAGAGCGUGAGAGAGCAUUUACUAGUCGUGGAAGGUGGAAUCAACUGCGGUCUAUGGGGGAUGCAAAAAGCUUGCUCCAAUACAUGUUUAAUUCUCUUGGUGAUGCAAGGUGCCAAUUGUGGGACAAGGAAAUUGAAGUCAAGGAAAUGAAGGACCAAAUAAAAGAACUUGUAGUUUUGCUGCGUCAGAGUGAAAUUAGAAGAAAAGAAACUGAUAAGGAGCUGAAGCUACUUCAGCAAUCUGUACCCAAUGGAUUGGCAACACCACCACCUACCAACUCCAACAAACAUUUAGCUGAUGAGAUGAGCAGCCCCCUGUCUCCGAUCCCGGUGCCAGCACAGAAACAACUGAAGUAUACAGCAGGCAUCGCCAAUGCUUCAGUCAGAGAGUCAGCAGCCUUCAUGGAUCAAAGUCGAAAGAUGAUGCCUAUUGGUCAGUUAACUAUGAAGAAAUUGGCGGUAGCUGGACAAGGUGGAAAGUUGUGGAGGUGGAAGAGGAGUCAUCACCAGUGGCUAUUACAGUUCAAAUGGAAGUGGCAAAAGCCGUGGAAACUCUCAGAAUGGAUUAGACACAGUGACGAGACAAUCAUGAGGGCAAAACCCCGUCAACAGGCUUUACCGGACAUUAUGUGUAGAAAACGGCACUAG